CUUCAAGAUUACAUGCCCUCAAAAAAAAACAAAAAAAAACUUGUUUGUGAUAAGAAUAAACCUAUAUAUAUAUGCAAAGAAAUUAAUGACUUUAUGGUAUCUUUAUUCAGAUUUUCAGCUUCAUCUGCGAGAUUGGAUCUAUUCUCACCCCUCCUCCUCAGGCAGGAGGUGUGAAAGGGAAUAUCAUGGUCCGGGUGAGGGAAGAAACUUCAGUGAUUUUCCUGAAUGUUCCACCACCGCCUUUAAAUGGGAAGAGCGGGGGGUGAAGUGGGAACUACAAGAACAACUCUACGGGAAGUCAAAAUGCCAAAGAUUGUGAGACCAGAGAACUGUCAACCAGCCAGAACACUGUGGUACGACCGGAAAAAGUAUGUGACUAUCAACUUUGUGGUUCAAAACCCAAAAGAUGUUCAAGUAGAUAUUCAGGACACAAAAAUUAUUUUAAGCUGUAAAGACGUAGAUGACAACAAUAUCUACAAUGAGAUUGAAUUUUAUGACAGAGUAUUAAAAUUUGAUUCAAGGGAGAAAGUCUUUGACCGAACAAUUAAUGUCUUGAUAAGGAAAGUGAAGGAAAAUGUGGCAUGGCCUCGACUCCAGAAAGAUCUUGCAAAGCCCGCAUGGCUGUUAGUAGACUUUGAUAACUGGAGGGACUGGGAACAUGAAGAGGAAGAGGGCAUGACAGAAUAUGAACAGUAUGUGGAUAUGCUUAAUGAAAUGAAGAACAAAGGAGAGCCUCCUGCCAUGGAUGACCUGGAUGAUCUUAGUGACUGAGCGCCAAAACCCAAGAUGAGCGAUUACAGUUUUCUAAAAUGUUAUUUGUGCAGUAAAAGCCAAUUCACAUUGCCCUGAUAAAUGUGCAAUAGACCGCCACUGACAUUGUGAGCUAGACUUAUAUGUAUGACAUGGAUGUAAUAUGUAACUGUCUUUUUUAACCUUUAGUUUUUCUUUAUUUGGUUUUAUUUCUUUUUUCUUUAUUUUUUUAUCUUUUUUUUUCUUUAUUUUGAUUUUAUUUAUUUCCUUGCAAAAAAAAAUCAUCCUUGCUUAGAUGUGUACUUUCUAUUUGAUUUUAAAAAUGCAACUAAGAAAUUGUUUGUUUUUCAUAUGCUGUAUAUGUAUGUGUUUUCUACAUUAAAGAGUUUGAAAUCUGUGA